AUGAUAAUCCAAACUCUCUUGCUCUCUCUGGCCGCUCUUGUGGCGGCCAAAGAGCUUCCCAAGGACCUGGUCAAAGCUGCUCAGCUGUACGACUCCGGCAUCAGACAUGCAAACAAUAUCGCCUUGAAGAUGGAAACAUUCGCUCGGCAGGAGGCGGCGGGCAGACUCAACUCUGACCUGUAUCCGGAGAUCAAAGGUGUUGUCGAAUGCAUUAACGGCACCGCCAUUGUCGAGCCCGGCAAUGCUAAUAUGACUUUCCGAUGCAACAAUAUUGACCUUUAUCACUUCCUUAGCCACGCCAACCUAGGAAGUAAGUUGGUUGGCGGUUCCUCUACUUGGGGGUGGACCUCCCCCGAUGGCCGCGAAUUUGUGGCCAUUGGGCAAAGGGAUGGUGCCGCUUUCGUAGAGAUUAACAAACAGGGGAAGAUGAUAUAUCUCGGCCGUUUACCCGAGUACUCUAUUCCGAGCCUGUGGCGUGAGAUUCGUGGCUAUCGAGACCUUAUGAUCAUUGGUAGUGAAGCUCCAGGCCAUGGCAUUCAAAUAUUUGACAUGAAGAAGCUUCUGGACAUUGAUCCUGCGAGACCAGUUACUUUCAAUAACUCCAAGGAUCUUACUGGACAUUUUGAUGGCCUUCCGUGGGGUCGAACACAUAAUGUUGUCACUAAUCCUGCAACGAACUUCAUCUACUCAGUUGGGGCCCAACCAAGGAACUCCUCGUGCGCAUCUGGAAUCAUCUUCAUUGAUAUUAGCGACCCUUCUAAUCCAACUAGCCCCGGAUGCGCCUCUGCGGACGGUUAUGUACAUGACGCGCAAUGCCUCAUUUACAAAGGUCCAGACACUCAAUUCGAGGGUCAUGAGAUUUGCUAUGGCUACAACGAAGAUACAUUGACCAUUUACGACGUCACGGACAAGAAGAAGCCUGUAAUCCUUUCCAUCACUUCCUACGAGGGUGCAGCAUACACACACCAAGGAUGGGUUCUGGAUGCCAACAACCAACACUACCUCCUCCUCGAUGACGAAUACGACGAGUAUGAGAAGGUCGGUCCCGGCAAAGAAGGGCAUCCCAUCACUUACAUCUGGGAUAUCUCGUCUCUCAAGGCUCCUAAGCAAACAGGCUUUUACCGCUCUGGUGCCCGCGGCAUCGACCACAAUCAGUAUGUAAUUGAUGGUUUCGCUAUGCAGUCGAAUUACGGCUCGGGAUUCCGUGUCCUGGAUGUUCGAUCUAUUCCGCAGGACCCUACUGGCAAAGGCGUCAAGGAAGUUGCUUUCUUUGAUAUUUAUCCCGAAGAUGAUGCUGAGCUGGGGGGCGGUAUUGUUGAUUUCGUAGGUACCUGGGGUAGCUAUGCGUACUUCAAGAGUGGGUAUAUUUUCGUUAAUACGAUGGAGAGGGGUGGUUUCGUGUUAAAGAUGAAGGAAGGAACGCGUGUAUGA